CUGGAACCCGGAACAACAACAAACAACCAGCCAAACGUUCACGUUUGAAUAACUGCGCUAACAAGCGUUGCACCGAGAUUUUCUGUGCUGCUGCUGUUGCAUUUCUUUGGCAGACAUGUCCGGAAAGGCAAAGGAUAUCCUACAGAUGGACCUGUACGGUUUACUCGGCAUUGAAAUCACUGCUACGACGAAAGAGAUCAAGAAAGCUUAUCGACAGAAAGCCUUGACGUGCCAUCCGGACAAGAACCCGGACAACCCGAAAGCAGCGGAGCUCUUCCACCAGUUGUCCCAGGCUCUUGCGGUGCUAACUGAUGCCGCUGCCAAAGCCGCCUACGACAAAAUUUGCGCUGCCAAGAAACAGGCAGAAGAAAGAAACAAGAAGCUAGACGACAAGAGAAAGAAAAUCAAGCUCGACUUGGAGGCCAGAGAGAGACAAGCAGAAGCUCAGAGCCAAGAAGAGGUGCAAAUCACGAGAACACUCGAAGAAGAGAUUGCCCGUUUAAGGGAGGAGGGAUCGAGGCAGCUUGAAGAGGAGCAGAGGCUCAUCAGAGAGCAGAUCCAGAGAGAACGCGAAGCAACGCAGCGAACGGGUGACUACACUCAGAGAAACUCCGGAUCGGAGAGAUGUUCCAAGAGCAAUGCAACCCCCAAAUUAAAGCUGAAGUGGAAGUGUAAAAAAGAUGACGACACGAAUGGAGGCUACACCCAAGACAUUCUCCUGAAACUUCUACAGAAGUACGGGGAUGUUUUGAAUGUGAUUGUAUCGACUAAGAAGAAAGGAAGUGCUGUGGUCGAAUUUGCAACUGUGAGAGCAGCUGAACUGGCUGUGAAGAAUGAAAGCGGUUUGAGUGGAAACCCCUUGAAAAUUUCUUGGCUCGAAGGGCAGCCCGAGGUUCUCACCACAGCAUCUUUAUCAGGCCAGUUCAUGUCUUCACAGGGCUCCCUGUCGAACGAGCGCGACUACGAGAGCGUGGUGAUGAUGAAGAUGAGGCAGGCUGCCGAGCGUCAGAGGCUCAUAGAACAAAUGCAGAAGGAGGACGACGACGACGACGGCCGGACGUAGCAGCAGCAGCGCAGAGCCCACCUCGGUACCGGCCUGUGACCGUUACACGAAAACUGUUUCAGGCUUUAGUUUCGUAAUUAUUAUUUUUUUUUUUUAAUGUAAAAUGCUGUGUGCUCAAAUAAACCUUCUCAAUGGUGUUUAUAA